AUGAUCUUGAAAUAUAUUCAAUACAUUACUGUAGGGAAAUAUAAGCACAACCAGGCUGUACUGUACACUAGAAAUGAGGGUAUUCAGCUCAUAUCAUGUAAUGAUAUGAGUUUGGUUGUGAAAGACCACACCUGUGGCGAGAGGAAGGGACAUGGAUACUCAGGGGUAUAUAACCAUACCUGCAGAGGGUUUCAGCCAGAGUCCUCGAGCGAUCCGGGCUGCGAAGUAGUCCUCCUCCUCCUCCUCUACUCGAACACUCGCUCAGGUCCUCCUCGAAGAGCUCUCGCCAUGAGGGUCUUCUCCGUUGGGUUGGUGACGGCGACGCUGCUGUUCGCCUGGAGCGAUGCCAAUGCCAGGAUAGCACCAAAGAGCAGGUUUAUCGGUUUUCGUCAAGUGACACUGAACCCAGAUCAGGCUCAAACCUACCCCAGUGGUGGUGUUGGUCCCCGUCAGGUGACACUGAACCCAGAUCAGGCUCAAACCUACCCCAGUGGUGGUGUUGGUCCCCGUCAGGUGACACUGAACCCAGAUCAGGCUCAAACCUACCCCAGUGGUGGUGUUGGUCCCCGUCAGGUGACACUGAACCCAGAUCAGGCUCAAACCUACCCCAGUGGUGGUGUUGGUCCCCGUCAGGUGACACUGAACCCAGAUCAGGCUCAAACCUACCCUAGUGGUGGUGUUGGUCCCCGUCAGGUGACACUGAACCCAGAUCAAGCUCAGACCUACUCCAGUGGUGUUGGCCCGCGCAUGGAAGUGGCACCACAGUUUGAAAAUAGAGCUGCAGUAAAUUGCGGAUCUUACUACAUAGCCCCGGGUUCUUCCAAGACAUUCCAGUCAAAGAACUACCCCAGUAACUACCCUGGUGGCAAGAGGUGCACAUGGAAAUUCCGCACUUCUGUUGAUUCAAAGUUGAGCAUCCAGUGUGACGAUUUCAAUCUGCAACAGUCGAGACAAUGCAAAAAGGAUUUCUUCCGGGUCACGGAUUCCUCUGGUUUUAAACAAAAAUACUGCGGUGCCAAGGGUUCUCUGAGCGUUUCUGAUAAAUCUAGGAGAGUUACUGUUUUGUUCAAAACAAACAGGAAGAAAUCUAAUACUGGAUUUUCCUGUUCUGUCAGAGCUUCAGUGCCAGACUCCCAAACAACAACUGUAGACCCUCAGCCAACUUCGGAAUGCACUGGAUGUGGACAAGUGAACCGUGCCAACCGCAUUGUUGGUGGAGUAGAGACAGAGGUGAACGAAUAUCCCUGGAUGGUGUCUCUUGUCAACGGCAAUGGAUACUAUCACUUCUGUGGCGGUUCUAUCAUCUCCAGUCAAUGGGUCGUCACUGCAGCUCACUGUGCAGCUAUCAUGAGCACCUCGGAUUAUGUGUUGGUGGGAGACCACAAUCUGUACUCAUCAAGUGAUGCCAAUUCUCAGUGGAUGCAAAUUGCUGAAAUUGUGAGUCAUCCGUCCUAUGAUUCAAAUACACUGGACAACGACAUUGCCCUCAUCAGACUUACCACAGAAAUACAGUUCCCAUCUGACAACAAAAUCGCCCCUGUGUGCCUUCCAACAGCUGGUGAAAUGUAUGAUAAUGUGGAUGCCACAAUCACCGGAUGGGGAGCUCAACAGGAGGGAGGAUCCACAUCCGGUACCUUGUUCGAAGUAACAGUGCCCACCAUGACUAACACCGAAUGCAAUAACAAAUAUGGAGGAAGCAUUACUGACAACAUGAUCUGCGCAGGCAUUCCUGAGGGAGGCAAGGACUCCUGUCAGGGAGACUCUGGAGGACCAAUGGUGGUGGAAGAAAACGGCAAGUGGAAACUGGUGGGAGUUGUAUCGUGGGGAUAUGGCUGUGCUCGACCUGAUAGGCCCGGAGUCUAUGCCAGAGUUACACAAUAUUUGCAAUGGAUUUCUGACUCUACAACCGGUGUCUGUGUUGAUGGAAACACACCUGCUCCUACUAAUGCCCCGACGCCCGCUCCUACUCCUGCACCCACGCCUGCCCCUACAUCUGCUCCCAGUUCUGACUGCCCUGGAUGUGGACAAGUGAACCGUGCCAACCGCAUUGUUGGUGGAGUAGAGACGGAGGUGAACGAAUAUCCCUGGAUGGUUUCUCUUGUCAAUGGCAAUGGAUACUAUCACUUCUGUGGCGGUUCUAUCAUCUCCAGCCAAUGGGUCGUCACUGCAGCUCACUGUGCAGCUGUCAUGAGCACCUCGGAUUAUGUGUUGGUGGGAGACCACAACCUGUACUCAUCAAGUGAUGCCAAUUCUCAGUGGAUGCAGAUUGCUGAAAUUGUGAGUCAUCCGUCCUAUGAUUCUAAUACACUGGACAACGACAUUGCCCUCAUCAGACUCACCACAGAAAUACAGUUCCCAUCUGACAACAAAAUCGCCCCUGUGUGCCUUCCAACAGCUGGUGAAAUGUAUGAUAAUGUGGAUGCCACAAUCACAGGAUGGGGAGCCCAACAGGAGGGAGGAUCCACAUCCGGUACCUUGUUCGAAGUAACAGUGCCCACCAUGACUAACACCGAAUGCAAUAACAAGUAUGGAGGAAGCAUCACUGACAACAUGAUCUGCGCAGGCAUUCCUGAGGGAGGCAAGGACUCCUGUCAGGGAGACUCUGGUGGACCAAUGGUGGUGGAAGAAAACGGCAAGUGGAAGCUGGUGGGAGUUGUGUCGUGGGGAUAUGGCUGUGCUCGACCUGAUAGGCCCGGAGUUUAUGCAAGAGUUACACUCAACAAGGAGUGUAUCAGUAGAUCCUAG